CCAUGUGGACCAUGCUGGCUUUGACUCCAUUCCUUGGUCAACGAUUUGACAGUGGAUAUUAUUUUAUUCAAGCCCUAUUUCCCGCAUCUGGCUGGGAGGUGACCUGCUUAGGGAAAGUGGCUCGUUGCAUACUCAUCUUCAUUUCGGGCUAUCACAUGCUCAUCGGAGCUAUCUCCGUGAGUAAGGACAUUAUAGCAACCCUCGCUCAUUUUCUAUUUAUAGAUUUUAUAGCGAAUGCAUGCAAAUUUUAUGCAUGCAUUUUUUGCAUGCAAACAUUUUUUGCAUGGAGUUUUGCGAUGCUGGGGGCUGACCCCCCCCAGGGGUUGCAGAUAACCCCAGCGCAGUGACCGCGGCGCCGUGACCUUUGACCUGUCAAGCGUAUUUAUUAUAAUAUGAGCGUUACAUGGUGAGUAUGUAUGUCAAGAUGAAAAAACCACACAUUGAUAUUUAACUACAAUGAUGAAAUGUGCAUAAUAAUGGGUGUUAAGUUUCACAGUUUAAUAGCUUAAUUAAAUGUACAUGGCUUGCAAAAGCUGGCCAACUUCAUUUGACAUUCCAAGCGAAUUACGCCCAGUUUUAUUCUAAAGAAAUUUACUUUAAGAUAUUUAUUAUUCCACAUACAAUGAAUUGAUUAUUGCUUAGUUUUAUUGAUACACACAAAGUGACAAUGAAUUUGCUUAUAUUAAUUUGUGUUGUGCUGCAGACCGUAAAUUCGUAUGCGGAAUGUUAUCGUCAUGAUAGUUGUGUGCAAUGCAUUCAAAUUGUGGGUUGCGUUUACGGAGUAACAAGUUCAAGUGCUCGGAAAUGUUUUCAUCGUGACGAGAUUCCGGUUGGAAUUUUGGCAACCUUUCGAAAUCCGACUGCAUGUAAAAGAAUUUACAGGUUUGCAACCACCCAGACGAGUGCAUUUGAUAACCAUUCUAAAAGUGGAAACACUAUCAUUGUUAAAGAAGAGAUAAUGCACAAUGUUUUAACAGAGCGGGUUUCAACCUCCACCACAACUGAAAAUCAAUUGUAUACUUCAACAUUACCUACUUUCACGACUUUGCCAACGACCAAAAUAGUGACGACCAAUUUUUAUUUGCCGGAAACCUUACAUCCCACACAACCAAGUGUUGAUCACGAGCAAGACAAUACAGAGACCACAACGGAGACAAUAAUAAACACUGCUGUCGCCGAAAAACUGGCAAUCGAGACUACAAUCCUACCAAUGGUGGAAUCAACUACGCAUUUCUCUGAGCUAAUUCAUCGGCCCACUGAUCCAUUCCUGUUGCUGAAUACGAGCAUCACAAUUGGGGAAACCAAUAAUACUGCGAAUUGGAAUAAUGGUUCCAACCAUAGUGGAAGUUUCAACUCUUCCGUCCCGACAACUACCAAUUUAACGAUUUCGACUUUUCCAGUUGUAGCAGCAAGAAAACGGAAAAUGUGGAGCACCUAUGACAAAAUUGGAUUAUAUGCAUGCAGAAUUACUAAAUUACUUAAGAAGAAUAAUUUCUUUCAUGAUCGAGAUCUUUCUACUAUUAAUAAUAUCAUAUCGAGGAAAUUUGAUUAUGUAUUAUGUGAUUCGUUACUCAGCGGAAAGCCAAUAUUUUAUGCCAAAAACAUUUAAAUAUAUGCAACAAGUUAAUUAAGCAAAUGCAUUUGCAGAGUGUUGGAUUUAGAGGAAGUUCUAGCAAUAAAUAAUUAUGAUAAUUUUAUUACAAUAAAUGCAUGAAAUUUUUUCGAUUUA